AUGGAUAAAGUCCAAAAGGAGUUGGAUGAUCUCACAAAUAAAUAUGAAAAUAUAGUUGGGAAGGUCCGUCAACUUUCAUCAGAGAAAGAUCAGAUGUUUCGGUUGUUGGUAGAGGGUUCUGGAAAAGUGAUGGGGGAUCAACAAGUGAUCGAAGAGACUUCUUCUAAUCUACCCGUGUUAAUAGAUAGGUGCUUAGAGAAGCUAAAGGAGCAAACAAGUCCAUCUCUGGAGACUCCUUUUGUGGAUGCAGAACUGUUUGAAAAAUACCAAAGUCUUUUGUAUGCUAGGGAUCUGGAGUUGAUGCUUUGUAAGGAAAUCCUAGAAGAAGAUAUGCUGGUGUGGUCACAACUAAAUGAUCUGUCAAAUCAGUUCAGAGUAACUUCUCAGGAACUUUUUUCAUUGAAGGAGGAGAAAGAUGUUCUGCAAAAAGAUCUUGAACGAUAA